AUGUUCAAAGUGCGUCCCGACUUCGAGCAGCUCCAGGCCUCCCGCCCGGAUUUCCGUCGCGAUGCCGAGGUCACCUUCUCUAAGCCGCCGAAUCCCGCGUGGAAGGAUGGCGAUGGUGCAAAUGACGGCGGCGAAAGCUUGAAGAAGAACCAUGUCGAGAUCGAUCCAAAUGAAGAGGGCCGCCCCGUGGCGUCCAACUACAAGCUUCUCAUUUCCGGCAUGGUGCCGAGACCAAUUGCCCUCAUCAGUAGCAAGUCUCAAGAUGGCAAGACCACGAAUCUAGCGCCUUUCAGUUACUCCCAGGUGAUCAACCAUGAUCCCCCUCUGUUCGUCGUCGGAUUCGUGGGCUCGCUUGAGAAGGCGAAGGAUACAUUGAAGAACCUGAACGAGACGGGCGAAUGCGUGAUCAACAUCAUCUCUGAGCACUUUGUCGAGGCUGCCAAUGCUACCGCCAUCAAUGCACCGUAUGGUGUGUCCGAGUGGGAGACUUCUGGUCUGACCCAAGCUCCUACCUCCGUCGUCAAGCCGGCGCGUGUCAAGGAAUCCAUCCUUUCAAUCGAGGCCAAGCUGGUGGAGACGAAGGAGUUUGAAAGCCGGUCCACCCCCGGGAAGAAGUCGAGCGUCUUGGCUAUUGUCGAGGGAGUGCGCUUCUGGGCCCGUGAGGAUGCUAUCGAUGAGGACAAGAGUCUUAUCGAUCUCAAGGUACUCAAGCCAAUCAGUCGCCUGGGUGGUAUCUCCUACGGGCGUACGACCGAUGCGAUUGAGAUCCCGCGACCUCAGUUUUAA